GGCGUGGCGGCCAUUUUGUUUUCCACACCGAGCGGGAGUUGACGGCAGCGGCUGUAGUGAAAGGAAGGAAAGAGCAGGCCGGGUGAGCAGGCGGACCGGCCGACCGGACAGCCAGCCAGCAGCAACGAACUAACUUAACAAUCUACCGCUUAACACAUCUAACCAACCGCCCACCAAGUUAACCCGAGCCCCUCCACCGUCAACUCAGGUUCGGCCGGCCCCCGGCCCGCCUGCCGCAGCCGUGGUGGCAGCCCCGGGAGGAGCACUGGCGUCCGUUUCCUUCGAUUCUCGGGAUUUGAAGAUGGCUGCACAGUCCGCGCCGAAAGUUGUGCUAAAAAGCACCACCAAGAUGUCUCUAAAUGAGCGCUUUACUAAUAUGCUGAAGAACAAACAGCCGAUGCCAGUGAAUAUUCGGGCUUCGAUGCAGCAACAGCAGCAGCUAGCCAGUGCCAGAAACAGAAGACUGGCCCAGCAGAUGGAGAAUAGACCCUCUGUCCAGGCAGCAUUAAAACUUAAGCAGACUUUUUAUGCAAGUCCGGACAGUGGCGGUGGAAGGAUAUGUCCAAGCUGUGGCUGGGCGUCUGGAGGGCGGUGCCAUGCAACUAAGAGCUUAAAGCAGCGCCUGGGUAAGAGUAACAUCCAGGCACGGUUAGGCCGACCCAUAGGGGCCUUGGCCAGGGGAGCAAUCGGAGGAAGAGGCCUGCCCAUUAUCCAGAGAGGCUUGCCCAGAGGAGGACUUCGUGGGGGACGUGCCACAAGAACCCUGCUUAGGGGCGGGAUGUCGCUCCGAGGUCAAAACCUGCUCCGAGGUGGACGAGCCGUAGCUCCCCGAAUGGGCUUAAGAAGAGGUGGUGUUCGAGGUCGUGGAGGUCCUGGGAGAGGGGGCCUAGGGCGUGGAGCUAUGGGUCGUGGCGGAAUCGGUGGUAGAGGUCGGGGUAUGAUAGGUCGGGGAAGAGGGGGCUUUGGAGGCAGAGGCCGAGGCCGUGGACGAGGGAGAGGUGCCCUUGCUCGCCCUGUACUGACCAAGGAGCAGCUGGACAACCAGUUGGAUGCGUACAUGUCGAAAACAAAAGGACACCUGGAUGCUGAGUUGGAUGCUUACAUGGCUCAGACAGAUCCCGAAACCAAUGAUUGAAGCCUGCCCACCCUCCUGGAAGACUCUUGUUCAAGUCACACAUCUGUAAAUAACCUUAAGAUAACAGAUGAGAAGAAAGCUGACUGAUACUGAAAGGACCUAUCAUAAUAGGCUCUGGACUGACUUGGCCACCAGUUUGUGCAUUUAGUUGUGUUCCUUUUACUUUUUGAUACUAUGUUGUAUGAAACCCUUUUUUCCCCUCUGACUGGGGUUUGCUUUGGUUUUGUUAUUUGGUGGGGGGAGGGGUUUCCUUCACCCAGACUUUUCUUUGAACAUGAAUGUGUUGGCCUUGUGGCUAGUAUACCCUCUUCCCCCAUCUGCCUCUCCUCAUCUGUCAUAUGCUUUGACAGUCUAACAUUUCCUCUGUUCAUUUUGGUGCCCCCGUGAAAAAGUCCCAGAAAGAGCCCACCAGUGUUCCACCUUAAUGUCUAAGUUUCUGAGAUAGAAUUCUGUUUAAUGUUUUUAAUAGCCUCUUUAAAGUGUUCAGAAAAUCUGGAGCUCAUAAAUGCAUUCUGCCACAUUGAUGUUUUAGUAAAUUGGGAACACUGACAUAGCUACAGGGCUACCAAACACGUUACACGUGCUAGCAGCUCUGAUUUAAUUAAAGUUAUUACCGUGUACACUUGUACCACUUAACCAUCGUGCUGGUUUGGAUAUGUGCGCUUUCUACCUGGGAAUGAGAUUUAUAAACUUUCCCUCUUGGUUUUGCAUCAUGCUCUAAGGGAUGUUUUGGGGUUGGCUUAACAUCCUACAAAAGAGGAGAAAGCCUUUUGGUUUGCCAGAUGCCUCAGAAUGGAAAGGGCUGAAAAUUGAUGACAGAUACCUGGUGGGAGGGGUCAGAAGAUAACCUUGCUAAAGUGCUGUUAUCCUUCUGUUUACCCCAGACCAAUCUUGGGCUUCUCCAUUUGUCGACCCUCUUCUUACUCCCCAUGAAGGUUAAAGUUCAGCCAUAGUCUGUCAACUGUUCAGUUUCAGUAGAAUCUUUUGUUUCGGGUUCAUUACAACAAGAAGUUGUUCUCUCAAAUCCA